AAUAGUGAUCAGGGAGGAAUAAAAUUCUAAAAACGGUUGAGAUAAUUGUGGGAAUGGUUGAGAUUAUUUUUAUCUACAUAGAUAAAUGCUAAAACCGUAAACAGAGGUUCAGUUUUGACCGUCUCAACAAAAAAAAAAAAAGGAUAAAAAGGAAUCGAUAAGCCCUGAUUCGAAUCGUUAGUUUUCAGUCGAUAAAAAAUUAGAGGCUACAGUUACGAUCUAGGGUUCUUCUCCAUAUUUAUAUUGCUCGAUUUAGAUAAGAAAUUUUGACUCUGAAUUUGAUUAUUUGUAUCUUGAAACAACAGAUGACUGACCGUGUUAUCCGUCACACAAAGAGACUACCACAGUCUAGAUGUUCCCCUUUCACUAAUGGGACUACUAGCUGUGCGACUCGGAGUUGAGCUCUCCCUCUUUAUGGCUGAAGCAAUGUUCAUAUUAUCCGAUGACAGACGUUCUAUGACGUACUUCUGUUUUUUGACAUUGUUUAAAACAAAGAUGGAUCGUCGUGGUCCCGCGGUAAGACGAUUGUACCGUGUCAUACAACAAGUGUAUGCAACAUAUAUCAAACCCAAGAAUCUCGUCUACAUCGAUGGCGGAAAAUCCACUCAAUCAAAACUGAUGGGGACGUUUCGACAAGAUUUUGUUUCUGCCAUCAGAGGUUUAGCUCACAUUGUUUCCACUCUCGAAAUUGGUUGCCUGGUGAAACCGUCUGUUUUUGAACAAUACAACCGAGAGCUGAAGAAGCUAGAGGAGAAUCUGGGUUCUGUCAAGGAUGUUUCUGAGGCAUAUGGGUUUGCUAGGGAAGCAAUUGAGUCUGAGAUUCUUCCCCUGUGGAAGUCUCUCUUUGAAACAAAUUCUGAAGUGUUAAAACUUGAUAAGACUAUUAUUAGUGAGCUGAUUAGGCCUCUCUUGAACGAAUUGAACAAGGAGAUUUGUGCUCGUAGUCUUGCUUCUUUAGUCAUCAAGCCCGGUAAAUAAAAUCAUAUUACAAGGUUUGAUGAUGUUAUUUUAUUGCAUAUUGUUCGAGUUUUUUUUUUUAGAAAGGGCUUAUAGAGUUUCUUAUAUGUUGAUGGUUAUUUUAUCGCAUAUUGUUAUUCGACUUAUUUUAAUGAAAUCAUAACAAUCCUUCGUGGA